AUGAAAGCAUCCACGUUACCCAGAUGGCCCCGAGCGUCCGCAUCUGCGUCUAUGACCUCCAGCGCGCUUGCCGGCCCAGACAACCCGCGCCACGACUCCACCACCUCUACACGCAACCCAACUUCCUCCCAAUCUGACCCUCCAUCAACGCCCGCCACGCAACCCGUCCUCGUCAGAGCAUAUUCAGGAAAUGUCGACCCUCCUACCAUGUCAUCUCGACGGUUCUUCCCUUUCUCCAGUUCCAGAACCACCCAGCCAGAAAUCCCACUCCCUUCAGAUAAAGACUUCAGUAUCGAGAGCAUCUUACAAGCCAUCGAGCCUGAUAUUCGCGGAACCCUCGACUCAAUAGCUGAGAUCUGCGGCCGGAGCAAGUUGAGUCUGGCAAACGAGUACGGAAGUCACAUCGCACCACUCGGAGAGAUAACGGCUCCGGCAGGCCUAAUGCCCGUCGAAGAAGGGCAGGAACACAUCGACGUCUUGGACGAAGAGAAUAUCGAAACCGGGCUUGAUAUGCACCCGUUCUCAUUCCAUAGAUAUCUUGAAAAUCUACGACAUACCGCUUCCGUGAUGGAGAAUGGAACCGGUCCACGGCCAGGGUCACCUCGAUCACCGGGUAUGAACUCUGAUGCCGAGACGGUAUUCGCGAUUGGAGCUGUGCCAGCUGCUUCAACGCCUUUGGUUCGCGAGUUUGCUUCCAGACCCAAUCAUACUGGAUCUCAACUACUGGCGAAGAAUGCUGGCGCGGCUAGAAAAUCGAACAUGGCUACUGCGGCUGUUGUUUCGGAAGUCCACUUGGACGCUAGUGCUGAUGGGGGAGAACCUGAUCUUCUUCCUAAAGCUGCUCUUGCGAGCGAUGGCUCGGCUUCUGAUUAUAAUCGGACUGAGCUUGUUCAUCAAUUGCUCGGGUGGCUGAAUCUUACUGCUCGUGUUGCUGGGUCGGAUGCGGAGUCGUCUUUGCCGUCUGCUGAGGAUCGGCUGCGUGCGAUGCUUCGUGUGAAUAAUGAGGAUCCGACUGUGGCUGCUACUUCUUGA